AUGUGUCAGUCGGAGGGGCCGGGGCCCAGAUUGGGCCUGAACAGUCCCGACCCGCUUGUGAGAGAGGCUUUUCUCAUGGCCCAUGACUACAUAGACUAUGUCACCUCAGGAGGGGCUGAUGGCUCCAUGGGAACUGCCCCUUCGGCCUGCACCGCAGCCCUGCGCCACGCCGGAGACGAGCUCCUCACCCGCUUCCCCAUCUUCUUCAGGCGCUGGCCGCGUGUCUUCCAGGACGUGACGGAGAACACGGCCUGCCCCACGCUGGUGAGCAUCCUGGACGAGCACUUCUUUGCCCCCGUCCCCGGGGGGCGCCGCAGGGACCUGGCCUGGAGCGCCGUGCUGUCGGUGUAUGUGCUGGCCGGUCAGAUGGCUCUGCAUUGCCAUGAGAAGGACAUGGUGGAGGUCCUGUCCCAGCUAAAGGAGUGUGUGGGGGCCUAUGUGGAGAGGGUCAUCUGCCCUGAGAUACGAGAUAAGGGAGGAUGGAGUGGUUUUGUCUCACGCUUCGGAGAGAAGCAGGGUUUAGAAGGCCAGGUGAAGAAGGUGUGCUGUUGGACACUGCUGGCUCUGUCCAUAAGCAUCCUGACCUACUGCCUGUGGAAAAGAACGACUUAGCCAACAG